GUAAAACUGUCAGUUCAGUCGAAUUUUAUUUUUGAUAUUUUUUUCGUCUGGAAUCUUUUUAGUGUAACCGAACGUCAAAAUUAGUUAAUUUUUUUUUGUAACUAUCGUAUAGCGUUUCAUCAAUGGCGAGCAUAUUUUGUUGUUUUAGAGGCUGUGCCAGUUUCCUUGAUCUUGGGUUUGCGACUCCAACAGUACCCACAAAAAAGCAGCCUGUAAUAGCCUUAGAUCAACAACAAAUUGGUCAAGAAGUAGUACUUGUUAAAGAUGGAACAAGAAUAUGUGGCACUGGCGGAGCACUUGGGAACACAGCUAUUAUGCAAGACAAAGCUUAUUUUGAAGUGAGGCUUCAACAGUCAGGUGUUUGGGGCAUUGGACUUGGUUCGGAAAAGGCAGAUCUGAAUGUUAUUCCAAUGGGGAAUGAUGCAGAUUCUUGGGUUAUGUGCUCAGAUGGUUAUCUUCGUCACAACAAGGAAGAAAUGCACAGAAUUACACAACUACCACAAGAAGGGGACACCAUAGGAGUUAGCUACAAUCACAUUGAACUGAACUUUUACUUGAAUGGUCAAAAAUUGGACUGCCCAUUCACUAAUGUAAGAGGACAAGUGUAUCCAGCAGUAUAUGUGGAUGACGGAGCUGUACUGGACAUUGUUUUUGAAAAUUUUGUGCGCGAUCCUCCACCAGGGUUUGACAAAAUCAUGUUGGAACAAUCUCUCUUAGAAACAUAGGAUAGUAAAUCAUUAAAAACUAAAUUCAAUUAUCACGCCAAAGUUUCACACACUCAUCAUCUGCUUUGAAUCAUUCCAUUUACCUAACUGUUUCGCUAUUUUAGGGCAGAACGUUCUUCAGUAGCUCGACUUCUUUUGCUAGGGACGUUACUUGAUUCUGCAGCUCACGUACUUGAUCCCGCAAUGCAUAUACGGUGUCAACCAAACUUCUGAAUGUCAAAGAUAUAAAAUCAUUUAGUUAGCAUAAAUGGCUCCCCGAUCUGUUUGAUUUCGAUUCAUUUUCUCCAGUCUUCUAUAAAUAAUAUCGUUUGUAUAAUCAUGAAAGAAAACAAGAUAUACCUUUCCUCUACAA